AUGAUUCCAUUGACUCUGAGCCAGCGAACGGGGUUCUUGAUAUCCACGCUGAGAGCCAAGCCGAGAUUUCGUUUGUCGAGUCUCCGUCGCCGUCGUUGGCUAUUCUUUGGUGCACCUCCGAAUCGUCGGCAGCUGCCGAAAACCGACGCGGAAGGAAACGAGAAUGCCGGUGAUUGCUUGUAUAACUGCUCGAUUUCCUUAACUCCGCCAACAAGGUUGAACUUGUUUCAGAUGAUUCGUCCAAGGAAGCGCAGCAUUGCGUUGAUCUUGGUGUUCUUGUGCUUUGGUUUCACUCUGUGCUUGGCCAUUGCUGGCAUGACGAUGUCGAUUGCCAGCCAAGACCAUUCUAUUGCACUCUCUUUGGUUCCGACGGGUCUCUCCUUCUCAGAGUCUCUUCCUGUGUACACCCAGGCGGCCUUGAAAGACAAGACUUCUCCCCAAUCCAGAGCGUUGGAUUGGCUGAGCAACCGUCCUGGAUACCCUCGCCUUGAGCGGUGGAGGAAGCUGCAACUGUACGCCAUUGCCACGUUUUACUUUGCAUACAAGGGCGACCAGUGGUGGGACAAUGAUCAGGUACGUUGGUGGAGUCAUACAGUUACCGAGUGCGAGUGGGGAGACCGGGGUAACGGGGCCAAUACUUGCGACAAUGGACGUAUCACGUCUCUCUCACUCGAGUCACAAAAGGAGCGCAUCAGCGGAGCAACGACACUUCCCGAGCUGGCACUUUUGUCAUCGCUAGAAAACCUGAAGAUAUCCCUCACCGAUCUACCCACUGACUUGGCGGAAGUGCUGCCUUCUGAGCUUGCAACCUUGACAAGUUUGAAAGGCAUUCGCGUGUUUGGGAAUAGCAUUCAUGGACAGCUUGGAAGUUACCUUGGCGACUUUCAGCAACUGACCAACUUGAACUUGGGAUCCAACGAAUUGACAGGUCCAAUUCCCAGCUCUCGUCUUCCGUCGUUGCGGUACUGUACUUGA